GGAUCCGCGAACUUCGGCAGUUCGGUUGGUACAACUGGUAACCAUCUUCAUCGCCGCCGAGUGGAGCGGCAAUGUCGGCGCCCAUACCCACCAUCCUCACCGCAUCCUCUUCCUCCCCCACUCCUGCCCGCGGCGCUGCGCCAUCAAAAACCUGCCGCUCCAUCGCCAUCUGUCGCCCAUCCUUUCCAUGUUGCUGCCGUAGUUGCCGCGGCAAGAAACCCAGCCCCGGACCCACCGGGUCGCCAUUGCUCUUGCUCCCGGAGAGCUCCCUCCCGCCGUGGCUGGACCGGCGCCUCCACGCGCUGGUCACUGCUGCGCUCGCGCUGUCUGGCCUGCCGCUUCUCCCGGCUGCCCAUGCCUCCUCCGUGGGUGUGCGUUCACCGCUGGACGCCGCCGCGUACCCCUGCGAAGAUGUCAGGCGCUACUACGCUGGCCUUGAAGGCCUGGCUGGCGACGAGCUGAGGGCGAAGCUCGCCGCCGUCGUCUCACCUCACGCUGCCCUGCGGGACAAAGAUGUGUGGGAGGCGCUCAAGAUUCUAGAUGCAGCUGAUGCAGAACACCCUGAGGCAUCAUCUAAAGUGAUUGAGAUAUACUCGCAGAGAGCAGUGCCGAAGAUCUUAGCAGGCAAACCAGAUGGAUGGAAUAGGGAACACCUGUGGCCUCGAUCAUAUGGUCUAAGUUAUGGCCCAGAGCUAACUGAUCUUCACAACAUACGUCCUGCAGAUGUCAAUGGUCAGCCAGUAAACUCUUCAAGGGGAAACAAAUAUUUUGGAGAGUGUACUGCCACAUCAAUAAAUUGUGUACGACCAGCAAAUCGUGAAGCCGCAUCUGACACUGAGACAGACGCUGAAAAGUGGGCACCUCCGUAUCAGGUGCGUGGAGAUGUAGCUAGGUCCCUGAUGUACAUGGCAGUAAGCUAUGGAUCUGGCCAGAAGGCUGGAACACCACAUCUGGAACUUUCUGAUUCACCAAGUAUUCAAAGAAGAAACAUGGGUCUCCUAUCAGCUCUUCUACGGUGGAAUGAACUCGAUCCACCAUCAGGACCUGAGCAGCUUAGAAAUGACAGAGUCUGCAGCCUUUACCAGCAUAAUCGAAAUCCUUUUGUUGAUCAUCCAGAAUAUGCAAAUCUUAUAUGGGGGAACGCUCCUGCCGAAAGUUCACCUUUCACAGGGAAAACACAGAAGGCUUGGAUCAAUGAGUUCCACUAUGAAAAUAAAGGCAAAGAUGAGAAUGAGUUUGUUGAAUUAAUGAUACAUACAUCUUUAGAUGCAAAGGAUCUCAUUCUCGCACUGUAUAAUGGAGCAAAUGGGCGAAUGUACCGCUCUCUUAAUCUAGCAGACAGGGAAGCCUUCACUGUCACAGAAGGCAGUUCUGGUUAUCUGUUAUACACAGUGCGUACCCCUCUCCAAAAUCGACCAGCUGAUGGCAUAGCUCUCGUCUACUGUAGAGACAUGCGCCGAGCUGAAGUUUUGGAAUUUUUGUCCUAUGAAGGGAGCCUGAGAGCCGGUGGUGGAGCCAGGAAUUUGCGGUUGGGGUGUUCAUCUUAUCUUGCUGGACUUCUGGCUUGCUUGAAUUGAAGGGCCGAGAUGGAGCACUGGUCACUGGAGCAGUACUCGGCGCCGCCGGCCGCCGGCCGCUGGUGCCUGGUGUAGGCUGCAGUGGCGCUCGCGCCCCUGGAUGGCCUAGCUGUCCCUCAGUACAGCUUCCCCUGCGCUGCUAGUGCCUG